CCUGAGCUGUGUAGUAAGUAUAUAAAUAGUGAUUGUCUCUGUCACUCCCACUUCUCUCCAAACCAAAACCCUCCUUAUUAACUACAUACAUACUUUGCUUUGCUCCCGGCAAAUGCCCCAAAGCUCUAAUUAAAUUAAUGGCUUCCGCUUGCGUUAAAAGUGCCGGUGUUUCGCCGGAAAAGUUCUCUGCGUUCGGAUGGACUAGCCCUCGACUGUCUUUGACCCGAGAAGACAACAACAGACGCCCUUCUUCCUCCGUCGUCGGCAAGCAGCAACAACCUGAUCCGUUACCGGAGAACCAAGAUCCAGUUGUGGAUUUUGAGUUUUGUCUCGAAGAUCCGGUGACAAUGCUCUCCGCCGACGAGCUCUUCUCCGACGGAAAGCUCGUACCUUUGAAGUUCUCUGGUGUCCCCAAGAGUACCACCGAACCAAGAGGAUCACCGGAGGUUCUGAAAUCUUGCCGGAGACUUGAGAUGGAGAUCUCUGACCUCUUCUCCCCUAAAGCCCCUCGUUGUACUACUCGUUGGAGAGAGCUUUUAGGUCUCAAGAGACUUGUCAACAACGCCAAGCCACAAGAAUCUCCUAAACCCACUUCUUCUUCUUCUCCUCCCUCAAACCCCAAAACGUCGUCGUUUAAGCAAUGUCUUCACCGGGGAUCUAAAUCCUCCGCCUCCACCGCCGCCGCCGCGACGUCGCCGCUGCUAAAAGAAUCAGAUAUCUCAGAAUCAAUCUCAAUCGCCUCCUCACGUCUCUCACUCUCCUCAUCGUCUUCCUCUGGCCACGAGAUCGAUGACCUUCCAAGACUCUCGCUUGACCUAGACAAACCAAGUCCUAACCCGAUCGCUCCGUCGCGGACUCAUCUACGAAACUCUAACCAACCGAGAAUCAGGUUAGCUAAACCGAGACGGCAUCAUCCAACGUCGAAUCCUUCCGCUGACGGAUCAUCUUCAGCAUCGGCGAACAUUGAAUCUCGGGGACUCACUGUGACGGCGGAUAGUCCGAGACUUAACGCCUCCGGUAAAAUAGUGUUUCAUGGACUCGAAAGAAGCUCGAGUAGUCCCGGGAGCUUCACCGGCGGACCUAGGAUGAAGCAGCACCAUGGCAUGCCGAGAUCGUACUCUGCUAAUGUCAGAAUCACGCCGGUUCUUAAUGUUCCGGUUUGUUCUCUGAAAUCAGGGCUUUUCUUUGGUCAGCUUUUCUCAUCUUCGUCAUCUUCUUCGUCUUCUUCUCUGUCUCCGGGGAACAAAUCGCAAGUACAGAGCAACGGCAAAAACCGGUCCAAUCGAACCAGGCUUGAACCGAAAUUCGAACAAUUAGAGAAGUAAACCGGGUUAAGUCAGCUGGUAAACCGUUAUGACUUUUGUUUAGGCAGACGGAGUUAGAGGGGGAAUCUUAACGCUUUAGUUUUUGCGGGUUGUUUUGUAAACUUCAGUUUAAUUUGGGGGCAUAAUAUGUAAAUACGGUUUAACAAUUUAUUUUCUCGGUUUAUCGCGUAAAUCAUGAAGUAUUUUUCAUAAACCACAUCGAUUUGAGUUUUUUAACUCGGAAAGACCAAACAAAGCAAUAACAAAUAUUUUUAAUUUCUCUGUUAAACGAUAAAUUCGAUGAAUAUUUUUCUAAAGAAAAUUCUGACCAAAAA